AUUGAAGAAACUCCUAUUCAGCAAAACAAGCCUAUUUUAUUUAGCUCGCCGUGUCACGUGAUAAAUUCACGCUCUGCAUCACAAAUAGUCAAAUAAAGYCGCGCAUUAGAAYUUCUUCUUSUGAACCGACGACACCGCUCCACUGAUGUCGAGCCAUAAGAAAAUCCUCUUCCCCGUCGAUGGAAGCUCACACAGCGAACGAGCMUUUGAAUGGUUUUUGGCAAAUUUUCGCAAUGUUGAGGAUGAGAUGAUUUUUCUCCAUGUUCAUCAGUAUGUGGAAAACGUCAACCAACGGACAGAUCGCAGCGAAGAUGAGGAGUCUGAAUGCAGUCAGGUCGAUUUAAUUGAAAUACAACAAGCAGCAGAGAAAAAGUCCUCCCCUAUAAUGGACAAAUUCACUAAGAAGUGUAUUGAUUACAAGGUAACCUUCAGGACUAUAGUCGCGUUUGGACARCCAGGGAAAACGAUCUGCAAGACCGCAGUUGAAGAGAAUGUGACGUGUAUUGUAAUGGGAAAUAGAGGUCUUGGUGUGUUUAGGCGAUCCGUCUUAGGGUCCGUUAGUGAUGCUGUCCUACAUAAGUCAAACAUCCCAGUYCUACUUGUACCCCCGACUUAACUGAAUCUGAAACGCGUGAUUACGCAAUCCUUCGUGAGUAACACAACUAUGUCACGUGCGAUUUAAAAAUGUCACGUGAUGUGUUUUGACAAGCUGAUUGGUUUUGAGAGAAGGUGGUUGUCACGGUAAAUCGAUUAUCUUGGAUCACGCAUGUGCAGUGACACUGUUGGUUAAAGAGACCGCUGGCUUGAAAAAUCGUUACUUUUGCUAAAAAUUUAUUGUUUUGAGUAAGUCCACUACGGGAGAUUUUGUYUCCAGUCUGGCCUCUGUGAGAAAUUAACAGCUAUUGCCAAUAAAUGAACAGACUGAUAAUUUUUGUAUAAUUUCCUAAUAUCUUGAUUGUAAGCUGGCRGUCCAGGUACGCGAAAUGCCACUUGUAUAUGUAGACCGGGUUUCCUGUGUUGCCGGAACCAGAGGAAUAAUCCAGUUUCCAAUUCUCCAAUGCUCUGUGUUAGCCUCAUUUG